AUGUCCGACCCCGACCGGUCCGCUUUCCCGCCCCGCUCCUCCUCCCGCGCCUACAACCCCCCCACGCGCAGCAGCUACCCAGGCUCGCCCAACUUCGAGCCACCGUCCUACCUCUACCCCGGGCACCCCUUCGCCCUCGACGCCAUCGCCCUCCGCGCCGGCGCCCUCGGCGCCGUCGCAGCAGGCAGCAUCGCAGCCGCGUGGCAGCUCCGCGCGUCAUACUGGCAGCUCCCAAUGUUUGCUGCGGCACUCGCCGUCUUCCACUUCUUUGAGUUCUGGAUCACAGCGCGCUUCAACACACGGAAGGCAGAAGUCAAAUCAUUCCUCCUCACCAGCAACGGCGCCGCCUGGAACAUCGCGCACGCCUCCGCCUUCGCCGAGGCCCUCCUCGAAGCCGUCUUCCUCCCACACCUCAAGACGCACACGCUCCCCACGGUGCUCGGCGUGCUCCUUGUCGUCGUCGGCCAGCUCGCGCGCUCAUACGCGAUGGCCCACGCGGGCACAAACUUCACGCAUCUGGUCGCGCUCAACCACGAGCGCGGCCAUGUGCUCGUGACGGACGGCAUCUAUGCGUGGCUGCGCCACCCGUCGUAUUUUGGCUUCUUCUGGUGGGGCAUUGGCACGCAGUUGAUGCUCGGGAACCCGCUGUGCGCGGUUGCGUAUGCGGCCGUGCUGUGGAGGUUCUUUAGUGCUAGGAUUGAGGCGGAGGAGAGGCUGUUGGUGGGCUUCUUUGGGGAGGAGUAUGUUAGGUAUAGGGAGAGGACGAGGACGUGGAUCCCGUUGUUGGGGUAG